CUUUGAUUUGUCCCGUCGCUCCGGUGCAAUCGUCAUCUACUACUUCAUCCGCCAUUGCGCCAUUCUCGAACACGAGAUCUUGCCUGGGGCUCUUCCUCAUCCCACCACCGUGCGCCGUAACGACGCACUUACACGAUUUCGAGUACUCCUCGAACUAUCAAUUACCCUACUAAAGUCUAGCUCUCACGUACCCUUUCGAGACGCCACUACGCACCGUUCCCAAUCUUCUUAUCGCAAGGGUCUCCUCCAAACACCGUCAUCUAGGAUUCACUCACCAUGGGCUUGGUGGAAAACGUUAUUGAGAAUGUCAACCUGAAGGUGGUUGUUGUAUUCGGCGUCGUAGCCUGGUGGUUGUGGGUUGCCGUCAAGCGGUUCGAUGAGACCAUCCGAUUGCGCCGUUUGGCGCCUGGCGUGCGUGGUCAAUCACUCAAUGCCCGUCUUCCUGGCGGCAUCGAUUUCAUCUUCAAGGCCGUCCGGGGGACCAUGAAACACAAGAACGUCGAGUUUUGGGAGGAUAUGCUCUCCGCGGUAAAGGGAUGGACCGGCGAGAAGAGGGUUCUCGGCAUGCGCAUCGUCUUCACUGCCGAGCCCGAGAACAUCAAAGCCAUCCUGGCCACCCAGUUCUCCGACUACGGCAAAGGCCAGCCCUUCCACGAGGAGUGGAAGGAGUUCCUCGGCGACAGCAUCUUCACCACCGACGGCGACCAGUGGCACGCCAGCCGCCAGCUCAUCCGGCCCCAGUUCAUCAAGGACCGUGUCAGUGACCUGCACACAUUUGAGUCCCACAUCCAGACCCUCUUCAAGGCCAUCGCCAACGGCGGCGCCGUCAACGGCGAGGACCAGCACGUCAACUUGGAUGCCGUCGACGGCAAAGUCCUGGAUAUCUCGGAGCUAUUCUUCCGUUACACCCUCGAUGUGGCCACUGACUUUCUCCUGGGCCAGGACGUGAAGUCGCUUUCCACCCCCAGACAGGAGUUCGCUGAAGCUUUCAACGAAGUCCAACGAGUCCAGAACAUAAUCGCACGCGCUAACAAGCUGAAGCCCUUUGUACCCCUCUUCUCGUUUCGGUCCGGCCUAAAGGUCAUUAACGGAUUUGUUAACAAGUUCAUUGAGAGGGCGCUCCGCCUCAGCCCUGAGGAGCUCGCCUCCAAGACCAAAUCCGACCAGGGCUACACCUUCCUCCACGAGCUUGCCAGCUUCACCCGCGACCGCAAGGUCCUCCGCGACCAGCUCGUCGCCGUCCUUCUCGCCGGCCGCGACACCACGGCUUCCUCUCUCUCCUGGACUCUAUACGAGCUGGGCCGCCACCCGGAAGUCGUCACCCGAUUGCGCGCUGAGAUCAUCGAACAGGUCGGUCCAGACCGCGCCCCGACGUACGCCGAUCUCAAGAACAUGAAGUACCUCCAGAACAUCAUGAACGAGACCCUGCGCCUGUAUCCCGUGGUCCCCUUCAACGUUCGCCUGGCCCUUAAGGACACCACGCUCCCCGUUGGCGGCGGUCCGGAUGGCACGCUUCCCCUGGCCGUUUGCAAGGACACGCCAAUCGGAUACUCGACCCUCCUCAUGCAGCGGCGCGAGGACUUGUACCCGCCCGUCUCGGAGACCUUUGCGCACCCGAGCGAUUUCUCCCCCGAUCGCUGGUUCCACUGGCAGCCGAAGCCAUGGACGUAUAUCCCCUUCAACGGUGGCCCGCGCAUUUGCAUCGGUCAGCAAUUUGCCCUGACAGAGAUGAGCUACACGCUCUGCCGCCUGUUUCAGAGAUUUGAAAGAAUCGAGAGCCAUAUGGACGCCGUCGAUAGCGGGGAACCGACGCUCAAGGCUGAGAUUGUGCUACAGCCCGGAGAUGGCGUCAAAGUUGCUUUCUGGCAGGCGAAACAGGGCUAAGCGAUAUCAACAACUUACCCCAGGGAGUAUUUUCUUUUCCGGCGUAACGGCAACAAACGAGGAAGCACUAGGGACGAUUUCUUUAUCGAGAGAUUAAUGGCGGCGAAACGGUAUUUAAAAAGCAUUCACCACAGAAGAACCAGGCUGGCGAAUGUGGUCAUGCAGAUCAAAGUCAUGAGGUUGAAUUAAGCCUCGUUGCCCCCUACAGUGCGGCUCAGCUGCAUCUUGGCCUCCGUUUCAGUACACGACGAGAGGACUAUGAGAAAGGCAAAGUGACCAUACGAUAGGGUGGCUGGUAUCUUACGUGUAUUAUCGUGCGCUGCGGCGCGGGAUGGCUGCUGACGUGCAUGGGUGGUUGAUUCCUUUACGAUACGGCGCCGGAUGUGUGAUUGGUCCAAUCAGGCGCAGCAUUGCACGGAGUACGUGGAUCGGGCAGCCGGGUUUUCGAGGAUGGGUAUGAGAAUGUACAACAGGAUCUGGAUGUGCACCGGAUAGUUUCUGCGUUGUUAUCGCGUGGGC